UCCCUUCACGCGUCCCUCACACCUUCUUUCAUUACACACUCUCUCUCUCUCUCUCUCUCUCUCUCUCUCUCUCUCUCUCUCUCUCUCUCUCUCUCUCUCUCUCUCUCUCUCUAUCUAUCUAUAUAUAUAUAUAUAUAUCCCUUCAUUUCUUUCUUCUCAAUACACAAUAUUUAAUUUCUCCGUCUCCUAGGCGUGGAGUUCCGGCGACAUGGGCGGUGGCUCAGCAGUGAAGUGGUUGGCAUUUUGGUGGCUGGGGGUCUGUAGUAGUAGUCGUUUUGUUUAUGGGGGAAACUUUUAUGAGGAUUUUGAGAUAAGUUGGGGUGGAGAUAGAGCUAAGAUUUUUAAUUCCGGUGCCCUUCUUUCUCUUUCUUUAGAUAACCUUUCUGGCUCUGGUUUUCACUCUAAAAAAACCUACCUUUUUGGCCGGAUUGAUAUGCAGCUCAAGCUUGUCGCGGGUAACUCCGCCGGUACCGUCACCGCCUACUAUUUGUCGUCGGAAGGGCCAAGGCAUGAUGAAAUUGACUUUGAAUUUUUGGGAAACUUAAGUGGUGACCCAUACAUUGUUCAUACAAAUGUGUUCACUCAAGGAAAGGGAAACAGGGAACAACAAUUCUACCUUUGGUUUGAUCCCACCAAAAACUUCCACACUUACUCUAUCAUUUGGAACCCCCAACAAAUUGUAUUGUUAGUGGACAACUAUCCAAUAAGAGAAUUCAGAAACACAGAGGCAAUGGGCGUACCUUUUCCCAACACACAACCCAUGAGAAUCUACUCUUCUCUUUGGAAUGCAGACGACUGGGCCACUCGUGGCGGACUCAUUAAAACCGACUGGACCCACUCUCCUUUCACCGCAUAUUACCGCAACUUUAACUUCAACACUAUCACCAACCCGGCUGACUACUCCUCCAAAUCCUCCUCCGCUGCCUCUCCCCACACUACCUACCAACUGGAUGCAUUCGGUCGGCGCCGCCUCCGCUGGGUCCAAAAGUACUUCAUGAUCUACAAUUAUUGUACGGAUCUCAAGCGCUUCCCUCAAGGCCUUCCUCCUGAAUGCAAUCACCACCAUUACUAAUUUCCCUAAUUAAUUACAGAUUUAUUUCUUUCCUUUUUCUAUUGUAAUUUGUCUUUGUGGGUCAGGUCUAUGAACCUUCAUGCUCCUUCCCUCUUUUUCAUGUACAAAAUGUUUCCCUCUGUUUUUCUCUACUUAUAUAUAUAUAUAUAUCGAAUAAAAGUUUUGUUACCUAA